AUGGCGACUGAGUCGGUGGCCAUGGAGGAUCCGGGCGUCAACGGCCGCAACGUGGUGAGCUGGGUGGCGUCCGGGGUGGUGCUGUGGUCGACCGCGUUCUUGCUGGUGCGGGCGCUCUUCCCCAAGCGCUCCUACGACUUCUGCAACCGCGCCGUCUCCACCAUGCACGCCGUCGCCGCCGUGUGCCUCGCCUGCCUCUCCGUCGACGACUGGUCCUGCCCCGUCUGCCCGCUCGCCGCCGCAUCCUCCCCGCGCCAGAUGAAGGCGCUGGCGGUUACGCUUGCGUACAUGGUGUACGACGCGGCGUGCUGCCACCUCAACGGCGACACGCGGCUCGAUAACACCGUGCACCACCUCGUCAGCAUCGUCGGCAUCGGCGCCGGGCUCGCCUACCAGAGGUGCGGGACGGAGGAGGUGGCCUGCCUGUUCGUCACGGAGAUCUCGAGCCCGCUGCUGCACCUCCGGGAGAUGCUCAAGGAGUUCGGCGUCCGGGACACCGACCUCAACCUCCUCGUCGACGUGCUCUUCGCCGUCACCUUCUCCGUCGCCCGGAUGGGGUUCGGGCCCUACAUCACCUACGUCACUGUGACGGCCGACAACCCCAUCCUGAUCAAGGCCAUGGCGUCGGGGCUGCAGCUGGUGAGCGCCUACUGGUUCCUGCGGAUCCUCAGGAUGGUCAGGUACAAGCUCGGCAAGAAGAAGCCGCUGCCACCACCGCCGGGCAAGCUCGCCGCCGCCAACUGA